GCACGCCCGGCGCCUGGCAGCGCAGCCGGUUGUCCGAGGGCGGGCUGAUCUUCCUGGGCGCCCUGUGCCUGGUCGCCCUGACGCUAGCGGUGGUGUAUUGGUGCUGGACGAAGCAGCGGAGGGCAGGCGCAUCGAAGAGGGGCAAGAGGACCACGCGGUCCCACGAGGUGCAGCGCGACUUAGGCGACACGUCCGACGGCUGGAUGGACGACGACGGGAGCGCCGGCAGCUCGGACGACCAGGAGUCGGCGGGGUCGUACUCGGGGCGGCCGGGGGCGCCCAUGCUGCGGCAGGGCGGCGCGAGCGCCAAAGGCGCCGCCGCCGCCCCCGACGUCAGGGGGCCGCCGCCGCUGGCCGCCGUGGCGCCCAUGCCGCACAACGCGGGCGUCCUAGGACGGGAGCCGACCCUGCCCCUGCUGCACGCCGCCGCGCCGCAGCCCAGGGCCCGCAGGGGCACGUCGUACUCGGAGGUGUCGAGCUUCAUGGCGUUUGUCGGGCAGGGGCAGAAACGCGUCCCGACCUUCGACGAGAUAGACUUGGACGGCGAUGGCCUCAUUACGCGCGACGAGUGGGUGGCACACGAGAGGGCCCUGCAGGCCCAGGACCCGAGGGGGCCUCGAGAGGAG